AAUCCACCUCAUUUAAUCUAUGACAACAAAACGACAGACCCACAAGGCACUCUACUACCUAUAUAUAGUGGCCGUGUUGCUGGCACUAUUUACAUCAAUUGCCAGUGCAUCUUCUCUUGUUUCUAGACAAGAAGCAACGGAACCAACAGAAAAGACAAUCAAUUUCACAAUCGCCGGCCACACAGUAUCUGUUCAUGGAAUCGUUCUCAGUGUGAUCCUGUUCCUUACUGGCGCUUAUUUGUGCUUCUUAGGAGGUGUUCAUCAAAAUACUACCAUGUUCCUUGUUGGAUUUUACGUUGGAUCAAACAUUGCAUAUAUCGUAUUGACAAACGCAAAGGCAGACUACGGUGAAAAUACCGCAACUAUCUUACUAGUCGUGAGCGUAGUAGUUGGUUUGCUAGCAGGAUUAUUGCUAUCUUGCUGCUUCUUUUUAGCAGUCUAUUUACUCGGUGCUUUACUUGGAUACAUGGCCGCCCUCUGGUUGUUGGCCUGGGCAAACAAUGGUCUUAUUGAAACCAACUGGGGCCGUGCGAUCCUAAUUGUAUGUUUCGUAAUUGCCGGUGUCAUCUUAAUGGCGUUCCUUGAACGUCCAAUGAUUGUCAUUGCAACUGCCUUUAUUGGAGCCUUUGCCAUAUUCAUUGGUAUCGAUUUGUACGUUAAGACCGGAUUCGUCGAGGCCGUCGAGACAUUCUUGAAGGUCAAAAACCUGGGAGUAUUCGAAGCCACAACACAAGUUCGUGGCAUGCUUGGUGGAACACUUGGCUUAGCAGUGGUUGGUUCGCUUAUUCAGUGGUUGCUUAUCCGUCGUAGUGAUAGAAAUAUUGCUUGGACACACCACUAUCCUAAUAACCAGUAUGGCUGGAGACGUGUUUAAGACCUAUCUAUUUUUUUUUUGUAAAACUCCCUUUAUUUCUUGUAUUUUGUUACUCAUGUUAUUUCUGGUACAGCACAAGAAAAAAAAAUACCAUUUAUCAAUCCCAUGUAUAUAUAUAUAUGUAUUACAUAAAACGAGGUUGCUUUAAGACAGCCAUUCUAUCAUACCCAU